AUGGCAGAAUCACCGCUUCUUCCUGUAAUACGAGGCGUGGCCAGCAAGGUGGCAGGCGCCCUCGUCCAAACCGGCACCCGCAUGUGCGGUGUUGAUGAUGACCGCUACAAGUUGGAGCGCCAGCUGCUAGCCGUCCAGUGCAAGCUGACCGGUGCCAAGGUGAAGAGCGAAACCAACCAGUAUGUCAAGAGGUGGAUGAAGGACUUCAGGACCGUCACCUAUGAGGCCGACGACGUCCUCGACGACUUCCAGUAUGAGGCGCUGCACUGCCAAGCCCAGAUCGGCGUGUCCAGGACACACAAGGUACUCAGCCACUUCACGUCACACAGCCCGCUACUCUUCCGUCUUACUAUGAGCAGGAAGCUGAGAAACGUCCUCGAGAAGAUCAAUGAACUUGUCACAGAGAUGAACACUUUUGGCCUGCUGAACAGUGUGGAGCCGCCGCAGGUUCUUUGCCAGCAGACACACUCAGCACUGGAUGAAUAUGCGGAGAUCUUUGGAAGGGAUGAUGACAAGGAGGUGGUGGUGAAACUUUUGCUCGACAAGCAAGAUAAUCAGAAGUUGCAGGUGCUGCCAAUCUUUGGGAUGGGAGGUUUGGGCAAGACGACUCUUGCCAAGAUGGUGUACAAGGACCACAGGGUCCAGCACCAUUUUCAUUUGAGCAUGUGGCGCUGUGUCUCUGAAAACUUUGGAGCCACUACUCUUGUGAGAUCAGUCAUUGAAUUGGCUACCAAGGUAACAUGCAACUUGCCAGACAACCUCGAGAUAUUGCGGGGGCGACUUCAGGAAGUCAUUGGGCAGAAAAGGUAUCUCCUUGUUCUUGAUGACAUAUGGAAUGAAGAGGAGAGGAAGUGGGAAGACGAUCUGAAGCCACUGCUCUGUUCUGUUGGUGGGCCAGGAAGUGUUGUAGUUGUCACAUGUCGAAACCAGCAAGUGGCGUCCAUAAUGGGCACGCUAGGACCUCAUAAGCUAGCAUGUCUAAGCGAAGAGGAUUCAUGGGAACUGUUCUCGAAGAAAUCUUUUAGUAAUGGUGUAGAGGAGCGAGCAGAGUUGGUCGCCAUUGUCAAACAUAUUGUCAAGAAAUGCAGGGGGCUCCCUCUUGCUCUGAAGACGAUGGGUGGCCUGAUGAGUUCCAAACAACUAGUGCAGGAAUGGGAGGCCAUAGAAGAAAGCAGUAUUGGGGAUAGUUUAAGAGGCAAAGAUGAGAUCCUAUCCAUACUGAAAUUGAGCUACCGACACUUGACAUCCGAAAUGAAGCAAUGUUUUGCCUUCUGUCCGCUCUUUCACAAGGACUUUGAGAUGGAAAAGGACAUAUUGAUCUAG